AAUCUUCGUUAGUUCGAAAGUAAACGUGCGAUCGUCCGGACGCUUACGGCUCCGGUACUUUUUAUUUUAUAAGUGGACAGUGCCAUUGAACCUUUGUGAAUAAAAACUUAUUUGAAAACCUUUUUGGAUACAUUUGGAUUUUUUAUUAUCGCAUUGAUAAAAUGCACAAGUAAUGGAUACGCUAACCUGGUUGUCGCUCGGGCUGCAAUUGGCAGCAUUAUGCUCCAUCGUCGGUGCUCUACUUCUUUAUUUGCUGAGGAAGGUGAAGGUCGCAGAAGUUUUACCUGUUGCAAGUGCCAAGACUGUACUUGUGACCUCUGUGGAUUCAGCAUUGGGGUUGCAGAUAGCAACAUACCUAAGCAGUCGUGGCUGGCGAGUAAUCGCUGGCUGUCGCCCUGGAGGCCUGGGAUCUCGUCUGGCGGAGUCCUGGCUGCAGAACAAUACCCCCGAAAACCAGCCCACACCACGAUUAGUUACCUUAGAGUUGGAUGUAGCCAGGGAAGAUUUAUUGGAGGAAGCUGCGAGAGCUACGGCUCAGCAUUUGCCGGCUGGUGAACAUGGCGUAUGGGCAGUGAUCAACACAGCUGGAAGUAGCGGUCGUGGUGGCGCUACUUGCUGGGAGACGGCGCUUAAGGGAAACGUACUUGGUGCUUUACGAGUGGCUAGGACCUUCGCACCUUUAUUAGCCGCUGCUGCAUCAGAUCAUCCUUACGCUGGUCGAUUGUUUUAUAUAGGUCUAACAUCAGAUACGGCAUGCGAAAGUCUAGCGCGAAUGGAUGGCGAGGGUGAAAGUAGUGCAGGGGCAGCUGCUGUACGUUGGGGCACUUGGGGCGCUGCGCGUGCGCUGCGCUCCUCUCUUCGUGCGCGCAGGCUCCACGUUGUACUCCUGCAUACACCGGAUCUGUCUUCAGCUGAGCUGUAUUCGCCUCCAGUGCAAUUGACGCCAGCAAGUCAGCCAGCCAGCCGACCAGAUACUCCGAGCUCUGACGUAAGUUCUUCAACCUGCGCGGUGACUAUGCCCGGAGAGGCCGCGGAGUACAGCGCUAAAGUCCUUCCUACGAACGCCCUCAAGGUGUUAGAGGAAGCCCUGACUUGUCCAUCCCCCAGGGACGCGUACUACCUUAAGAUGAAGCAAGACUCUUGGUUCACAAGAAUGCCAUCUUUAAGAGUCGCAUGAUUCAAAUUAUUGGUUAUGCCUAACGUAUUUAACGAUACCAAAAUAUUUAUAAGAUUCAAAAUCAUAUCUAAAAUUAAAAUCGGGAUCUUAAACGACUAGUCUGAGGGACAGUCAAUACAACUUUAUGACAUAUAAAGGAUAUAGUAUAAUAUCUGUAAACGAUAUGUCUUAAGUCAGAAAUUACGGCUAACUAACAGUAUAUCGUACAUAAUUAAUCUAAUUUAUAAUAGAUUAUCAAUUUAUUCUUAAUCACCGACCUGGAUGAAUUUGGGAUUUUGUAUGUAAUUCAUUAUACAUUGUAUGGUUACUUUUUCGGUACUAAGAUUAACAACCUGCACAAUAUUUUCUUGAUAUUUAUUCCUUAUAAUUUCCAUCUAAGGACCUAAUAAAGUAGAUUAAAAUUGUAUCCAUAAACGUCAAUUAUUAAACCAAUACCAAGAAAUAUAAUUUUGUACCGUCUACCGAAAGAAUUCAGAUAUGUGAAAUUUGACUCUCCAUUCUUCAAAGGAUGGGGCUUUUUAAAAAGCCCCAAUUUAUAAAGUCAUUGUAACCAACCUUAAUGGCCAUUAUGUGUGUAGGCUCAAGUCGAAUUGAUUGACUUCACUUAGUAAUUAUGGAAUUCACUUACAAACUCACACUGCGCCAUGACAUAUCCAUCUCAACGCAGCGUAUAGUGAUUUCGCAUUGGAGUUUUAGGUAAUUUCAACAAAUGCACAGCUUAUUCUUUUAUUUAAAAAUCUAUAUUUUGCUAUAUUAAAAAUCUCAUACAAAAGUUAUGUGGGAUAACAACUGUAGCGCGAAACUAGGGCAUUGUAUCCUUUCAUCAAUUUUGCGUGCGUCUUGAUUGACAGUGUAAUAUGUAACUCGUAUUCAGUAAUUAGUUAGAUUUUAGGAAGUUGCGCUCUUUGUGCAAGUCCAGAGAAAUCGAUGUAUGUAUAUGAUUUCCAAUUAUAAAUGCAUGUAUUGGAUGACAUUCGCUUGUUGAAGCAAUGUUUUGUAAAUAAAAUUGUUGUAUACA